CUGACGAGAGAUUUCAGACCUAACCUAACUCCAAGCCCCAGGUCUUCCUUCCCUCUACCCUGCAGCAGCUCUGUAAGUUGGUGUGAAGUCACAGAGAACAAGUGGAGUUGAUUGGGAGAUAUGGAGCAUCAGCAACAACAUGAAGAUGAGCAGAACGAGCAAGAAGAGCAGGAGCAUGAAGUUUAUGGUGGAGAAAUUCCCGACGACGGAGACAUGGACGCCGACGUCGAAAUGUCCAGAGCCGAGGACGAGGAUCCUAAUUCUAGGGAGAACCUGGAAGCUAUGAAGAAGAGACUCAAGGAGAUAGAGGAAGAAGCUGGUGCUCUUCGCGAGAUGCAAGCCAAAGUCGAGAAGGAAAUGGGUGCCGUUCAAGAUCCCUCUAGUGCUGCUGCAAUCCAAGCUGAAAAAGAGGAGGUGGAUUCACGUUCAAUAUAUGUUGGUAAUGUAGACUAUGCAUGUACUCCCGAGGAAGUCCAGCAGCAUUUCCAAUCAUGUGGAACCGUGAACAGAGUGACAAUUUUGACGGACAAAUAUGGUCAGCCGAAAGGUUUUGCUUAUGUUGAAUUUGUUGAAACUGAUGCUGUUCAAAAUGCUCUCCUGUUAAAUGAGUCGGAGUUGCAUGGUCGUCAGUUGAAGGUAUCUGCUAAGCGGACCAACAUUCCUGGAAUGAAGCAGUACCGAGGAAGGCGGCCCAAUCCAUAUCUUGGCUUCCGAGGCCGAAGACCGCUCAUGCCGGGUCCCCCCUUCUUUCCUUCUUAUGGAUACGGUAAGGCUCCAAGGUUCAGGCGGCCCAUGCGAUACAGGCCAUACUACUGAUAUUUUAUCAUCAGUGUGUCAUGGCCACAAUUGUGACAAAGGCAUUUUGGUUUAAUGGCUAAGCAUGUUGUCUGAUGGCUGGCCUGAAUUGGCUAAGCAUGGUAUUCUGGAAAGGGAAUCCGUUCAUCGAGGAGUGAGAAGAUUGUACCAUCUUAGGCACAUAGACGGCCAAUGAUUUUGCCAAAAAUCUGCCAUCAUUUGGUUAGUUUCAUACAUUUUCUACCUUGUAAGUUAUGGAACUUGGAUUUAUGCUAUUGACGUACAAGGAUUAUUUUUCGUGCUGUGAAACAAAAGAGGUUGAAAGAUAACGAAGGUGCUUAUCGUGUUCAGAAUAUUUCUAAUCCCAGGUUUUUGAUUACUUGUUCCCUCUGUGAGUUGUUGCUUUAUGUGUGGGAUUAUUGAUGCAAUAUCCCAGUACUCUCUGUAGCUUCAUAACCAAGAAUUUGAUAUUGGAGAUUGGCCUUGGAACCUUCCUUGGUGGUAUAGGGCUAUAUCCUGCCAAUCUGCCUUGUUAUCAGGAGAAUGAAAAUUGUGCCAAUUUACUAUUA